CCUAUAUGCGAGUGUAAAUAAGUGCAUUUAUUUUGCGACGUAUUUCCCCGUAUGAAAGAAUCGAACCGCCGGUCAUUUAGAUAAAUCGAUGGAAUAAAAACGAAAGCCGCUGACAAUUUUAAUCGCGGACGCGGAAUGGAAAUUCAAGUCAUAGAUGCGAUCGAUAAAUUUUGCUAGACUAAAUUUCUACUGUACCUCUAAAGACGACGUCCUCUAACGUUACUAGCCUCCGCACGAAACGGCCAUAUUGAUUAUAAACCGGAAACACAAUGGAGUAGUUUGAAUUCGACAUCGAUAUAUAUAUUAGAUGAUGCGAAGCGAAUCAGCCAAAUCUGUGGAGAAUUCAAAGAAUGAUGGAACUUUUAAAUCGAUUCAUGGAUUCAAAAGAGCAUCUAAAAUGCUCAUUUCAUAACAAUUUGAUUCAAUUGAAGGAUGACUCGUUACAAAGGCCGACACUUCCAAGAUCCAGUUCGCCAUGUAGCAGGAAAUAAUCAUAUGCACACUAAUUUCCCUCGCCUCGUUGUCCUGACAACGUCUGCGAUUGCUGAACACGGAUCUCUUCUUCUGCUUUUGAAUAGCUGCAUCUUCGUUUCAAACGUAUCGACAUGGCCAAAUUCGUGAGUAUUUACGAGAAGCCUCUGCCCCAUAUCGGUCUGCCGGAUUGGUACUCCAAGCAAUGGGAGCUGCGACGAAGCGCUGACAUUAGACGAGCUGAGGCCUGUCAGCUACGCAAUUCGGGCAAAAGUGUUCGCGCCGAGGGAAACGUGACAACGAAAUGGGACACUCAUACAAAUAAUACUCGCCUGGCGGACAGGGUGACAGAAGUGUCGAGGUGGAAGGACGCGUUGGAGGACUUGCUGCAAAAGUUAUUAGACGAGAUGCGCUUGUUAAGAGACGAGAAAGCCGAUACGGAGAAGGAAAUUGAAAACAUAGACCAUCCACUGCGAAUUGUCAGCGAGUGCAUCUCGAUAAGGGACUGUCGUAGAGGAACCGAGCUCACGUACGACGAAGCUGAUAUCGAGCUGAAAAAGGAGCUCUGCGCGAUCGCGAAUGUUAAAGAAACAUUCACCAACAGAUCACAAGCUGCGUGGGAAAAGUUAAAUCACUUGGAAGACGUGAAAUUUAAGCUGAGCUUAGAUAUAGAAGAUAAAAGUGAAACUAUUAGAAUAGAUAAGGGAAAUCUCGAGUUGGAUGGCAUUUGUGCAAACCUCAGCUACAAGCCAAUUACCGAAAAAACAAAUUCUAUUACGUACGAGAUAUGGUUGGAUCGAUGUCAGCGUUUAAAAAUGUUAGUUGAAAAUGAACUGACUGAUAAUUACACUUUUCGCGAAGCUAUGCGCGUGAUGAAGGAAUGUGCGCGAAAUGAUAUCAAAGCUCAACAAGAUGCGACAGAUUACACUUUGAGAAAGAGGAUCUAUCAAACACAAAAAGCCAGGAAUGAAAUGGAAUGGCAGAAGCUUAAGGUGCAAAAAGAAAUGGAAGUGUUGGGCAAAGAGAUAAUCCAGUUGGAAGAAGCGUUAAUGAAUAAAACAGGUGUGGUAAAAUGUGUCGAAACGCGAUUAGAAAAUCGUGCUUAUCGACCUGGGUCGGAGCUUUGUAAGGAUGAAGUUGAAUUAGGCUUGAAGGGCGAAGUUUUACAAUUAAAACAGACUAAGGAAGAUUUGAUUCAGAUUAUUGAGCAUGCAAAAGCAAGCUAUAAUAGUUUGGAAGCUUUGCUUAGACGUAUCCAGAAGAAUCUGGAUGAUAAACAGCAUUCUCUAAACACUGAUGUUAUGUGCUUAGACACGAGAUCAACAUUAAAGGGAGACAAAUCAGAUUUGUCUAACGAGACAAACCGUAAUAUUGUAUUAACACACCUAAAGAAAGAAAUUCCACUGGAAUCUUAACUUAUUGUUUUAUCUGGCUUUAUUUCACUUUCAUUUUCUGUUUUAAAAUACUAUAAUUUUAUAGAGAGCUCUAUUGCAUCUAGUAUUUUUAAAUUUUCUAACUUUGUCAAUUUUUUAUCUUUAUAA